CGGUGCUGUGUUGAGAUGAGAAGCGCCCGGGAUGGAGGCCUCCUUCACAUCAGCAGAUGGAUCCAGGAGGAGAAAUCCCCCCGAGAGAUGUCCCCGUCCUCUGUAUUCCCAGGACUGUCCAGAAGAGAAGCUCCCAGAGAACCAUCAGUGAAGAAGAAAAAUACCCGUUGCAACAGCUGCCGGGAACUGAACGAAAAGGGCCGCAGUGGUGAUGGAGCUUCCAAAAAAAGGCCGUACUUACAUACCCAGCAAUUACAGUUUCAAUGUCCUGUGAUGGAUUUGAGGCCUACUGUGAACAGUCUGGAUGACCCGGAGGAGUCAGAUUUGGGAGGUGGUGAUACUCCGGCUGUUUUCUCUUUUGCCACAAGUCCAGCACCAACCCCGGCUGAGGACCAAGCCAACCCGGCCAGGGAAACUGGCGUCAUUUCAGAGGGGAGCCCUGAAGCAUCCCAACAGCCUAAGCCCAGGCGCAGGAGGGUUGUCCGUCAGUCUUCCUCUGGGCAAGAUACUCGGGAAUCGAUUGAUUCCCGAGUAAUUGAGUUUCUAGCCCAGAGGAGGACUGAGGGAGAAGAAGAAACUUUAUUGAUGGGCCUGGCGCCAUUACUCAGGCAGGUACCAAGAGAAAGGCAUAAUCGUUGUAUUGCUUCGAUAAUAAUGGUUUUAGAGAUGUUUGCCUCCAAUUACCAGGGAGACAUACUCUCUCAUAUCAAUAAUCUCCGUUGUCAAAUAUUGAUGAUCCCACCUCAACAGUACGGCACCAGCUACCUGCAACAUCCACACCAACCUCAAGGGCCACCUUCCCCCCCUCCAACCCCCCCUUGACCAGUCCAGUAAUCUGCCUAGUUAUUGAACAGGGGCCCCAGAUCCUGGCCAUGUCCACCCAGGAACCUCAUAUGCCCCUGGCUCGUUUACUUGAGACCUUUUGGACCUGUAAGUUUGUUAUAUUAUUGUUUUUAUUUUAUUAUUUAUCUGUUGUUAAUGUAUACAGGUAUUUUGCCCGUGUUUUUGAUUUUGGGGAG